AAACUUGAAAAAUCGAAGACCAGACAAAUGGCGAAUAACUGAAAGAUGGCUUCUUCUUCUUUUUCUCUUAGUCUCCUUCAACCUCUCCACAGUCUCUCUUCUUCCACUCUCUUCUUUUCUCAGCCAAGUUUUCAUUUUUCAUCAUCCCUUAAACCUCACAAGUCCAAAAGGCUCAAUCUUUCGAAAUCCUUGACUCUCCGAUUUGCUCUUACGGAAUCAGAUUCUACUAAACCUUUAGAAACAGAACCAAGUUCUAAAUCCCUUCUUCUACAACUCUCUAAGUGUUUUGAUCUUCCAUCAGAUUACUUUCAGCAACUACCAAAUGACCUUCGUCUCGAUUUGAAUGAUGCUGCUUUUGAUCUCUCCAAUGGACCCGUCAUCGAUGAGUGUGGUCAAGAGCUUGGGGAGACCUUACUGAAUCUGUCCCGUGCUUGGGAACAAGCUGACACAUCAACUUCUCGUAGUUUAGUGGAGAAACUUCCCGAACUGGAAAGUUCAUUAACAGAUGGUGCCAAAUCAGCCUUUGGGAAGCGUUUGAUAUCUGCAGGAAAAAGGUUCCAGGGCAUGGGACAAUAUGGUAAAGGUGAAUUACAGAAGAUUGCUAAAGCGAUGAUCACAACUGGAGGGGUCCUAUCUGCAAAUACAUCAUCUGUUUCAGUCAGUAAUGAAUCUAUGUCAGGAACAAGGAUGUUUAAGUUUGGGGAGCUUCAGGUUGCUGUGAGUCCACAGAAAGCCUACGCCGGAGCUGCCAUUGCAUUCAUCUAUGGGAUACUUUCGUGGCAAAUCAGUCAAGGGAUCCAAAGCAUACCAGAGAACUCAUUGCAGUAUGCAAAUGACAACGCAUUGCUAAUCGGAAAGUCUUUAAGAGGGUCUCUUCUAGCUCUGUUUUAUGCGUCAACCGUCUUGUCAGGCUUCACAACAGUUGGGCUUAUCCUACUCGCUAAGCAGCUUUCAUCAGAAAAAGAGUGAAUUAAUAAUCCUUCAGAGGUGGUCUCUAUUACUCUCAUGUGUAUAGUGCCAAAUAUUGGAUAUAUAAUAGUAAGAUUUACUACUUUUUCUGUCUCUAUGCGUUAAACUAUGGAAUGUGUUGACUGUUGAGUGUAUAUUCUUAUAGAGAAAACGAAAUAUCUUUGUUACGAAUAAUUGAAGUUUCUCAAGCAAUGAGAGAGUUUGAUGUUUGAUGCAUUUCAGGAAUACAUGCAAAAUGUUCAU